GUGCGCAUAUUAAAUACAUGCUGACAUGUGCUAUGAUACAUGGUAUGCAUAGCGACAGACAAUUAGAUAUCAACAAGCCAUAAAGCCUUUAGCAUAAAGUUAGGCUUAGCCAGCUCUGUAAUUAAUUAUAGCUGCAUGGUGGUAGAUCUACGUGCACCUAUUAAAGGACCUAUGAAAAGAUGACCCCUUCUAUUAGCCUGCUCAUCCACAUUGCUGGUCUGAUUGCUGUGUCCCAAUUCAUCUUCAGUGGUAACUACGAGCAGCAAAUUAAUGACAGCCUCAAUGGCAACGUGACUGGAACUUUAGAAAGAGUCUUAGAUACUGUGUCUUCAGCCCUACCAUUCAGCUCUGACGUCGUGAGCGUGGGAUGGUUGCUCAGAAUGCUGUUGUAUUCAGCUGCAACUGUGUACAUCUUGUAUAUUGGCAGGAACUUGUACCAGGCCAUUUUUGGAGUUGUGGAGUUGUACUGUCCCGAAACAAAGGCUGGGUUUGACUUCCCUAGUAGAAAAAUGAAAGGGUUCGUCACAAAACGAGAUUUUGUUAAUGAAGUACAAAAAAGAAGGAAGAUGGGAGAUAUUCCACCACCUUUUCCGAAUGGUUGGUUUGGCCUCCUCCGCUCUACUGAACUGAAAGCCGGGCAAAGCACUGCUGUGAACGCACUGGGCCAAAACUUUGCUGUGUUUAGAGAUGACAAAGGGAAUGCUCAUGUUCUAGAUGCCUACUGUGCUCAUUUGGGUGCAAACUUGGGCGUGGGUGGUAAGAUCUAUGGCUCGUGCGUUCAGUGUCCAUUCCAUGGCUGGCAGUUUGAUGGUGAGACAGGCCAGUGCACCAAGAUCCCGUAUGCUAAGGGGAAGAUUCCGGCCCAGGCCAAGGUAAAGGCUUGGCCCACCUUGGAGUGCAAUGGUGCCAUCCUCGUGUGGCAUGAUGCCGAGGGAAGGGAGCCACUUUGGUCCCUGAAGGAUCUAGAGGGGAUAGGCAGUCGCUUUGUGUAUCGACUCUCUUCUACUCAUUUUAUCAAGACUCAUAUACAGGACAUUGCUGAGAAUGGUGCUGAUGUAGCUCACCUGACAUACCUUCACGGAGCAGGAGUUUCCUCUGGCGCUGGCAUGGACUAUCGUGAGCUUCUCUCUGGGAAAUUGCACACACACAGUUGGACAGCUCGCUGGGAAUCUCUUCCCAAACCAUCUACUUAUGUCGGUCGUAUGACUCUUACCAUGACCAACAGUAUACUGGGAGUGAAUUUCAAGUCAUUGGACAUUACGUCUAUUGCUGACCAGAUGGGAUGUGGAGUGGUGUACCUGACUCUCAAGUCCAAGUUUGGCACCGUGCUGCUCCUGCACACUGUGACUCCAUUGGAACCCUUCCUGCAGAAAUAUUCUGUGGUGGCCUACUCUGAUUGGUGGAUUCCUACAUUCCUCGUCAAGUGGUUGGUGCAGGCCUAUGAUGUUCAGUUGGAGCGGGACAUGAUAGUGUGGAACAACAAGCGUUACAGCCUCAAGCCACUCCUGGUACGUGAAGAUGAACUCAUACUGAAGCACAGGCGCUGGUACUCACAGUUUUACUCCAAAAACAGCAACAAAUUUACCUUUAUCAAAGACGAACUUGAUUUUUGAGCUGUCAACAAUACACGUGUACUUGAAACUGUAGACUUAAGACUUAAUAGCUAUAUUAGUGUAUUUUAUUACAGGCCUAUUAGCUAUCUUUAGAAUUGGCCCUAUUCCGGCAGUGGCAGCCCUUUUAGAUCUACAGUUGUAUACAGAGGCCCUAUGCGUCUUUUGUG